CGAACUGAGGUCGGACUCGACGCGGGUCCGGAGCGGCACCGCUGGACCUUCUUGCUCACCAAGAAGCCCAACCCGGGCCUCCACCAUAAGCCCACUAGGCCACCGCCGUCGCUAGUCGCUACUUCCCCUCCGACUCCGAUCCUCGACGCCGACGCAUCCACCGGAACCCUCCUCCUCCGCCGUCGCUAUGUCGAUCUUCGAGUACAAUGGAUCCGCCGUGGUGGCGAUGGUGGGGAAGAACUGCUUCGCGAUCGCCAGCGACCGGCGGCUGGGCGUGCAGCUUCAGACCAUCGCGACCGACUUCCAGCGGGUGUUUAAGAUCCACGACAAGCUCUACAUCGGCCUCUCGGGGCUCGCCACCGACGCCCAGACGCUGUACCAGCGGUUGGUGUUCAGGCACAAGCUGUAUCAGCUGCGGGAGGAGAGGGACAUGAAGCCUGAGACCUUUGCCAGCCUUGUCUCUGCGCUCCUCUACGAGAAGAGAUUCGGGCCAUAUUUCUGCCAGCCAGUCAUUGCUGGACUUGGAGAUGAUGAUGUACCUUUUAUUUGUACCAUGGACUGCAUUGGUGCAAAGGAACUGGCCAAGGAUUUUGUUGUUUCUGGGACAGCGUCAGAAUCUUUGUAUGGUGCCUGUGAAUCCAUGUACAAGCCAAAUAUGGAACCUGAUGAACUAUUCGAGACUAUAUCCCAAGCUCUGAAUUCUUCAGUAGACCGUGACUGCCUUAGCGGGUGGGGUGGCUAUGUUCUGAUUGUGACGCCGACUGAAGUGAGGGAGCAUGUGAUUAAGAGCAGGAUGGACUAAAUCAUGGCCACUAGAGUUCUUAGCUUGUUUCCAAUGCUUAGACCAAUGUUGUGUUUGGAUUCUGAAGUAACAUUGUAUCAUCACACAGUUGGUAUGAGAAGGAACCCUUUGUUUUCUUUACCCCUGUUUUGCAAGACUUCUGCCUGGAUUUCAGCUGAAUGGGUGGAUGACUUGAUAAUAUCCUAGAUUGAGGAAUUGUUCUCUUGUA